AUGCCUGUACAUAUAGCAUCUUCCGUUGUAGCGCCACUUCCCACCUUCAUGUCGGUGUACGACAGCGACGAUCUUCCCAUGGAUAGAGAAUAUGCAGAGAUAUCGCAACCAAAAGAGCCAGAAGCAGCUAUUGGACAAUUGAACAUUAAUUCACCCAACACACUGUCGAAUCACCCUUUACCCUAUCCGAUCUAUCACCGAGACAGCGUUGCGUCUAUAGCAACCAACUCCUCGACAUCCUCGCCAGCCACGAAUCAGUCGUCUCCUCUGUUUACCGAUCCAUCGCCAUCAUCCUCCCCCGAGUCCGCUUCCUCCUCCAAUCCCCCACUAUCACCUUUCGCCAAUAUCAUGCAGACUUCUAACCACGACCGGCAAUCGACGGGAGAUUCAAGGGACCAAGGUACGCAAGUGCUGCAGAUGCCGCCUUCUACUUUUGCACGUCCAGCCUCGCCAACUCGGAAUGUCAAAAACUUGUCGCUCAAUAUGAACACUGCGGUUAACAUUACGCGACCGGCCACCUCGCAUGGCGCCGAGUCUCGAAUGAACGCGUUAUCGGUGCCAGUAUCGCCCUUGAAAGAGCCACUGAGAAGCGCGCGAAAGAAGCCAACGAAUCUGACGAUCCGAACACCCGGCUUCAAUCAAAUGAGCUUUCCCAGAGGUGCGGCUGGAGAUGUGCCGCCCACACCCAGCUCAAGACCGACGCUGCCGACGCUACAGUCUUCACCAUCAUUACCGUCUCUUCAAACGCCGACCACAUCCGGUUCAAGUGGCCUCCACCUAUCAUUGCCGUCAUUUAGCUCGGGGCAUUCUAGACCCGGCUCAGAUUCCAGUUUCUCCAGCCAUCAGUCAGCCAGUCUAUUACCGGGAUUACGAGAGGAAGACGAACCUCGCAGAUCCUUUGAAGCGCCAGAGCGCGGCUAUCCAGAGGGCCCGAUCAAGAUCUAUGACUGUGGAGUCUGGCUCUAUCUCGAACCAAAAGCGGAAGAGGCAAAGGACUUUGAUACUGUGAUCAACGUUGCCAAGGAAAUCAAGAAUCCUUUCGAGAACAACCCAGCCGAAAAAGACACCGUCAUGUCGGUCUGGAGGAGCAACCGUAACUCGAUGAUCGAGCCCCAGACAGCCAUGUCUGAGUUCUCUUUCAAAUCGGCUUGGGAGUUUCAGCCCGCUGAUGCCACGCCCACGACGCCUCGACCUGCGUCGGCCGUCAAAAAUGAUCCCGAGUAUCUCCACGUGCCUUGGGACCACAACUCUGAGAUUCUAGAGGAUCUCUGGCCGCUAUGUCGCGUCAUUGAUGAGAGAGUCAAGGCUGAUAAGAAAGUGCUCAUUCACUGCCAGUUGGGCGUAAGCCGAUCUGCCUCCCUUGUCAUUGCCUAUGGCCUCUUCAAGGGCUACCAGCGCGACUUCCAUUCAAUGUAUCAACAAGUUAAGAGCAAAAGUCGAUGGGUUGGUCCCAACAUGAGCUUGAUAUAUCAACUCAGCGACUUUCGAGCCAAUAUCGAGAAGGGCUUCUAUACAGAUAGUGAGCGCAAAGCUCCGUCUCAGUGGUUCAAGUACUCGCCUCCAGACUCACUGUCCUUCAAGAACCCCAGACUCUCAUAUUUGCAUCAUGAGAGUGAUGCGUCAGCGUCGCCAGAAACAGAUCCGUCCACGACGCCAAUUGCGAAGCCACUCAGGUCGCUGAAGCUCGACAAGGAACUGCCUCCCGUACCUCUGUUUCCCAAAGAAGAGAAGAAGCCAAUUGAGCUUGCUCAGCGGCAUGCCUCAGCUGGACCACCCAAGAGCAAUGCUGCGCCUCCUACGCCGCCACGGAACGAGCCUGCGGCCAAGAAGCAGAGUGUUGAGCCUCGACCAUUGCCUUUCCGAAAGCUUGCGGAAUAUUCCAAUCCAGCAGCAAUACCGCCACAUCGCCCGAAGGUGGGAGUCAUUCCCGCAUCGCCGGCUCGCUUGCAUGUCUCGAGGCCUUCGAUGGAUCUGGCGUACCAAGAUGUACCGGAAACGCCAUCGUUGUUCUCGCCACGAGCAACGGAGUUCCUAGCAUCGCCUUUCUCACUUCGAGCAGGAGAGUUGGCUAUUGGCAGUGGCCCGAAGUCCGCGCGUUCCAUGAAAUCGAUACCGCCACCUACCCCAAGCCCAGGGUUUGAGACUCCUGCUGAGAUCGCGACGCAGGUUCCAGUGGCUAUUGAUCCUCGCAGCCCGCAUCAGCUCGGCGAGCCACGAGAGAUCUUGCGCCAUAUUGACGAUUUUCUUUAA